ACUCCGUACCUCUCCCCUCCCCUCUCCCUUUCAUCAUCAUCAACACCACACUUGAUCAUGUCCUUGCUCAUGGCAUAGCAUCUCACAGACAAUUAAAGUCUUUCUUCUACACCCUAGUAUUUGAUUCAUUCUCUACUUCCCCGUUCUUAGUCCCGCAGAUGAUAGCGUUCGUCACCCCAACUCAUCGCGGUGGGUUCACGUCGUCAUCACUGCGGAGUGUCCCGAACUCAUACUAUCAAUGCUAAUGCGACAGCUGUCUCUUAAUUAUCUUGCCUACUCCUACAACCCUGGUACAUUUCUGACACAUGACAGCCCUUCUUCUUUUGUGCAUCUCUCAAAGACGAAGAAGAACCAAUAACCUCUGCGUUAUUACUCUUCAAGAUGGGUGUAUACCAGUCCACUGAGUCUGCGGGUCAUAAGUCAUCUCCAGAGGAGCUGAGCUAUGUGCUUGCCGAGCGCUUCGCCACUAAAUGCUUCACCCCUUUGGAGCUCACCCACUUCAAAGACAACUUCUACAGCCGCGCAAUUGAACAAGGCGGGGUUAAGUAUUGGAAUGAGAAGAUACUCUCCGACUUCCUUGGAGUUCCGGAUAGCAGCGACUCCCAAUGCCCCCUCGACGCGGGUCCGGUGAUCUUCCGCAUGGUUUCGUACCUGGGCGCUUUUCCGUUUCAGAACACGCUGGCGCCGAGUGUACUCACAUUCGAUGCUAUGGUGAAGGUCGUUGUUUUGCUCACGGAAAGAUAUGGGAAGGUGCUCAGAAAGGCACGCAGAGACCGCAUCAGGCUACUGUUUGGGAGCUUAGCAGAUGUUGGGAGAAGAGAUGAGGAAAAGUCGGCAAAUAGCGAUGUGUCCCACGGGGACGACGCACCGGGGAAGACUGCGUCGAAGUCCCAUGCUCCCGGUUUCGCCAUAGAUGCUCCUGCCAACGACGGGUACGAGGAUGAAGAGGAUGAUGACUUGGCUCUGGCUGCCUUGGAAUCGCUCGACGCGAUCGAGGUCUUCAAACAUGAUUCUCGCGUAGAGAGAGCGGUCUAUGAAGCUCGAAUCUCCGACAAUACGUUUCGUCGCCUGCUUAUGCUGCUAGUUGUGAUAUCUGAUCUAAAGACCGCCGAGUCUGCAGCAGUCUACACCUCGAAUCUGAGCGGGACUCGUAUGGAUUCAAUCCGAAAACAAACAGACAGCAUUAUGGCAGCCUUUCAACAGGAAUCAUCGGGAGGGAUCAGGUACAAGUCUUUCGCAGAAAGCGUGGCCUCCUCGUUACCGUACUUGUUUGACCCCUUGACACCAUUGUUUGAGCAUUUCUUGUUCAGCAAGAACUUGGACCUUUCCCAGAAGCGCGAUACGCCGCAUUUGACGGAGUCUAAAUCUGAUAAACCCGCGUUGAACGAGUUGCAGUCCUCGCCCUCGAUUAUGCUCGAGGGAAGUUUUGAAUCAGUGAUAUUGAACACGAGCAUCAUCUCACACCUCUCCUUCUUCCUUCCCUCUACAUCCGAGGACCUUAAUUUUCUUCGCGGCCAUACGCGCUUGCACCCUGUCUUUUCGACGGCCGCGCAUGGGUCAUCACUCACAUCCUUUUCGCACAACGUCCUCACCUGGUCAUCGGGUACCCUACUCCUCCUUGAGGGUGUAUCCGAGACAAACGGCCCGGUAAUUCUCGGCGCAUAUUUACCACAGCCGUGGAAGUCACCGUCAUCGAGUACCACUUCUUCCACAUUCUCCAACUCCGUCCUCCCUUGUCUUUUCCAACUCUCCCCAAAACACGUGCUUCUGCAGGGAAACUCUUCCCCGUCUGUACAAAGGCCAGACACUCCCGCCGCCUAUUUCUCUACGAGCUCGGGAAUAUCUAUCGGGUGUCGUAUUCCGCCCUCGUCGCGCAGCAACCACAAGCCUCCCGCUCCCCUCGGGGCAGGCAGUCUGACCAUUGAUGCCAAUCUCGAGACAGCGACCUUUUACGUUUCCCCUGUCGGUCACGACGGAUCGUUUCUUCCUCCAAUGCCCAGCACAGGGACCGAAACCACAUACAAGACGAAAAUAGACAUCUAUAACCUGGAGAUCUGGGGCCUUGUCCCCGACCCGACCAUCAGCAUCUCCGAGGACGGGAAAAGCGCCGUCGAGCUCCAACAGGCGAAGUGGGCCUUCGAAGCGCGCGAGGCGGAGCGGCGGCGGAAUCUCAACCUCAAGGCCGGGGCGGGUGACUCGGCGGCCGAAAGUGCUCGCUGGCUGUUGGAGACCGCCGGCAUCAUUGGGGACGAUAGUCGACGAGGCGGCGCACGUGUGGUCUGAUUGGAGACGAUCGUAACACGUUCGCGGUUGUUCGAGAUUGUAUAUGAUGUUUGCGUAGAGAAAGUCUCCUCAGACCCAAGUUUGAUUUGGUCAAGCAUAUUUGCACGUAGCUUUAUCUGUUGGCG